AGUUACCUCAUGAGCGUUGCCGUACAGCCAGUGGCACUCUGGACCCGGGAAAGCAGAGAACACCUGGCGCAGCUCCUGCCACCUCAGGAUACGUAGAGCCCAGUUGUCUCCUGUGUGAUGGCCGCUUCCUCCUUCAAAAGGUCUCCGUGUGAGGGGAGCAGGACACCGGGAGACAUUCUCUAUGAGUCUCUGGAAGACCUCAUGCAAUAUGACUUCACACGAUUUAAGGACAAAUUAUGUGAUUUCUCCUAUGAAGAGCGACCUGCCAUAUUACGUGGGCAACUGGAAGGAGCAGAUCGCGUUACCACUAAGAGCCUCCUCUUAGAUGUCUACGGAGAGGAGACAGCUCUGUAUGUGGCCAUAGAGGUCCUCAAGUUGAUCAGUCUCAUGGGACCUGCAGAGACUCUCCAACAUGAUGUGACACAAUAUUUGAUAUUACAGGCGAUGUCAUCAGCUAUAACACUUGAAGACUGGCGGAUAAAAUAUGCAAAUGACAUGGUAAAUGAAUACCAACGCAUUGAAGAUAGUAAUGCAAGGAUUGGGGAAGCUUUCAAUAUGAAGAAACGAUACACAAGUCUUUUUCUGGUCAAGAAUCACAGGGAUGAAGCGGAAAGACAGCAUGAGAUAACAUCUACAGGCCAGAGGCAUCUACAGCUUAUGGCUAAAAGGUCAUCAGAGGACUAUUCUCCAACCACUGUACAGGCUCUGUUUCAGCCACAUGAUAAUGGGAUUAUUCCCAAGAUUGUGGUGCUACAAGGACCUGCCGGGAUAGGAAAAACGAUGACCUCCCAGAAGAUCAUGCUAGACUGGGCCUCCGGGAAUCUCUAUAAAGACAAGUUUCAUUUUGCGUUUUAUGUUAACUGUAGAGAAGUCAACACCAUUACUUGCAAAAUAAGCCUGGCCGGAUAUUUAUCCAGAUUUUGCGGACUGAAGUGUUCAUCUGAUCUGUUGCAGUCAAUUUUCAGUGACUCUGAGAGAAUACUUCUUAUUGUUGAUGGUUUUGAUGAAUUAAAAUUGGCUUCAAUGAAAGAUACGGAGGUUUGUGAUGAUCCGUUUCAGGAGGUCUCUAAAGAAGUCCUUCUAAACAGUCUGUUUAGGAAAAAGUUGCUUGUGGACAGUUCUCUGAUCAUCACCACAAGAUCAUCUUCAUUGAUGAAGUUGAAGGGCUUUGUUCAAAGCCCACGAUAUGUGGAAAUUCUGGGGUUUACAAGGACUCAGCGUGAGGAAUAUUUCUACAAUUUCUUUGAAACCAAAGAACAAGCGGACCUGGCACUUAGUGCCAUUAAGGACAAUAAUACUCUGUUCACCUUGUGCAUUGUCCCUGUAACUUGCUGGAUUAUAUGUACUAUAAUCAAACAGCAACUAAGAGGCGGAUCACAUGUUAUUAAUUCCAGGACAACCACUUCCAUUUACCUGUUGUACCUAAAGGGUCUAAUAAAGUAUCAUGGAAGGAACUCUGCCCAGCCUAUAAGUGCAUGUAUAAGGAAGCUGUGUGCUUUGGCCAAUGAAGGUGUUUGGGACCGGACAAUUCUGUUUGAAGAAUCAGAUCUUGAGAGACAUGGACUCUCUAUGUCAGAGCUGGAGUCUGUGUUUCUGAAUGAGAGCAUCUUCCACAGGGACGUCGAUAUCCACACCUGCUACAGCUUCAUCCACCUGAGUGUGCAGGAGUUCUUUGCUGCUCUCUACUAUGUCCUGGAUGAGAAAUCGGAAACAGCUACGAAAGUGACAGAGUUACUGAAGGCAUCAGAAGAUCAGGCCCAUCUAACAUUAACUGUACGGUUCUUAUUUGGCCUUUCCAGUGAGAAACAGAUUCAGGAGGCUCAGAGAACCAUUGGCUGUCCCUUGUCUUUUGGAGACAAAUCCAUCUUGGAGGAAUGGCUAAAGAUACGUCCAUCAUUCUUCCACAAUGAGACACUAAGCUGCCUGUACGAGACUCAGGAUGAGGACUAUGUGGGAAGAAUGAUGUCUCACUUCCCUGAUGUGGAAAUCAAAGGUCUUUAUGGAGAAGAAAGUGACCAGGAGAACAUUGGUUACCGGGCUGUAGCCUACUGUCUGGGGAGAAGCACAAACAAAUACACUGUAUCUUUUCAUGACUACAUAAUAGGGCCAAACGCUCGGGACGUUUUAGCUCCAGCACUUUCUAAGUCUUCAAAACUCCGUUUCGCCAGAUGCAGAUUUCCCGAUAAGGAGGAGGACGGAUUUGAGGCAGGAUCCAACUUUUCCGGUUUGUUUAAACAGUGUCAGAUUGAGGAACUGGAGAUACACGAUUGUGGUCUGACCUCAUCCUGCUGUGACAAUCUCUCCUCCAUCCUUACUACUAACCGGUGUCUGGUCAGAAUGGAACUGACCUGGAACAAUCUGGAGGAUGGAGUGAAGCCUCUGUGUGACGGACUGAGACACCCGGACUGCAACCUACAGACACUUGCGUUACGGGAGUGUGAUCUGACCUCAUCCUGCUGUGAUGAUCUCCACUCUCUUAUUAUUACAAAGCAGUCUUUGGUGUCACUGGACCUAUCGUGGAAUAACCUGCUGGACUGCGGAAUAACAUUUCUGUGUGACGGACUAAGACAUCCGGACUGUGCCCUACAAGAACUAAGGUUACAGAGCUGUGAUCUGACCUCGUCCUCCUGUUAUACUCUCCACUCUGCUAUUGCAACAAACCGGACCCUGAUCACACUGGACCUGACCGAGAACAAUCUGCAGGACUCGGGAAUGAGACUUCUGUGUGAGGGACUAAGACACCCGGACUGUAUCCUGCAGGAGCUUAGGUUAGGGAACUGUGAUCUGACCUCCUCCUGCUGUGCUGAUCUCCGCUCUGUCCUCAUUACACAUCACUCUCUGAUCACGCUGGACCUGUCAAAUAACGAUUUGGAGGACUCGGGAAUUAAGCUUCUGUGUGAGGGACUAAGACAUCCGGCCUGUAACCUACGAGAAAUUUGGUUAUGUGGCUGUGGUCUGACCUCCUCCGGCUGCGAUGAUCUCCACUCUGUUAUUACUACAAGCCGUUCUCUGAUCUCGCUGAACCUGUCCGUGAACGAUCUGCAGGACUGUGGAAUGAAAUAUCUGUGUAAGGGACUAAGACAUCCGGACUGUAUCUUACAAGAACUUGCGUUAUGGGGCUGUGGCCUGACCGUGUCCUGCUGCGAUGAUCUCCUCUCUACUCUCCUUACCAACCGCUCCCUGAUCAGACUGGACCUGAGGGGGAACCACUUGGAGGAGGCUGAAGGGAAACUGGCGGAGGGUGUGAGGCCGCCUCUGCAGCUUGUGUUACAUGACUGAGUUGCAGUCACUGAAUGUGUUAUAUUCAGAAGUGUGUUUAUGUUUGUACAGAACUUUCAAAUCUAUGUAAGUAGACAUUAAGAGACUAUAAACAAUCUCAUAUUAAUUAGGACUGACUGUAAAAUAAAGCUGCAAUAUACACCUGGCAAA